AUACAUGUCUGUUGACUCCACGUUUCCACGCCAUUAAAUACGGUGCAAAUCUUCAUCGUUAUGCCCCGCUGUCUCUCUCUAGAUUUACAGAAUUUGUAGAAGAAGAAUGGGUUCGGGUUCGCCUCAAACAAUUGAGCUUUUGAAGAAUGAGAUUCAGGUGGAGCAGGAGUCUUUUCUUCUCUCCGGUGAUGUAAAAACCGGUUUAGUUCUUGUUGACAUCGUUAAUGGAUUCUGCACCGUUGGUUCCGGAAAUCUGGCUCCGCAAGCUCCAGAUAAGCAAAUUUCAGGAAUGGUUGAUGAGUCAGUGAAGCUCGCCAAAUUGUUCUGUGAGAAGAAAUGGCCUGUAUAUGCUUUACUUGAUUCUCAUCAUCCAGAUAUUCCCGAGCCUCCAUAUCCUCCUCACUGUUUAGUUGGAACUGACGAGUCAAAAUUGGUUCCUGACUUGCUGUUUUUGGAAAAUGAACCUAAUGUAACACUGAGGUGCAAAGGAUGCAUUGAUGGCUUUCUUGGUUCAUUUGAGAAAGAUGGAUCCAACGUAUUUGUAGAUUGGGUGAAAGCUAAUGAGAUCAAAGCCAUACUGGUUGUAGGGAUAUGCACGGACGUUUGUGUGCUUGAUUUUGUUUGCUCAGCACUUUCUGCAAGAAAUCGUGGACUUCUCCCUCCAUUGGAGGAUGUGAUUGUGUACUCUCGUGGUUGCGCUACUUAUGAUUUUCCAGUUCAUGUUGCCAGUAAUAUCAAAGGUGCUCUAGCUCAUCCACAGGAACUUAUGCAUCAUAUAGGGCUUUAUAUGGCUAAGGGCAGAGGAGCCAAGGUAGUUUCUGAAGUCUCUUUUGUUACCGAGUAGCAAUAUAACUUCAUCUCUGCUUCUUAUCUUAGAUGAGAAUGUAGAUAUCCUUACUGUAUAUAAACGUGAGUUGUUUUGAUGAUGAUACUGGGUCUCUCGAAAGUAGCAUAUGAAGAUGCUUGUAUCUAAUUAUAGUUAAUGCGUAUAACCUGGAUUUGCAGCAUUAUGUAAUAAGUUCUCAAUGCAAAUUUGCUGUUUACUUCUUCGUAAGAUUUAGUAGCAAUCAAGUUUUCUCAACCGGAAUUUAAACA